AGAAACAUGAAGCUUACACUCCCCAACCCGGGCCUGGAUGACAGGAUACUGUCCCACCAGCAACUGGACAAGCUGGAGAAGGAGGAGGCAGGGGACAGGCCGAAGUGGGACAACAAGGCACAGUACAUGCUGACCUGCGUGGGCUUUUGUGUUGGACUCGGAAAUGUUUGGCGCUUCCCUUAUUUGUGUCAGAGUCAUGGAGGAGGUGCAUUUAUGAUCCCUUUCCUAAUAUUGUUGGUUCUUGAGGGAAUUCCUCUCCUGCAUCUCGAGUUUGCAAUUGGUCAGCGUUUGAGGGGAGGCAGUGUGGGAGUGUGGUCCGCCAUUCACCCUUACUUGACUGGGAUUGGUAUUGCCUCCAUGUGUGUAUCUCUGACCAUCAGCCUUUACUACAAUAAUAUCAUUGCUUGGAUUCUUUGGUACUUUUUCAACUCAUUUCAAGACCCGCUGCCUUGGAGCCAGUGUCCAAUGAAUGAAAAUUUAACAGGCCCUGUCUCUGAGUGCUUAAGAAGCAGCCCAGUGGACUACUUUUGGUACAGGGAGACUCUGAACACAACUACAAAUAUUUUGGAUGAUGGCGGAUUACAAUGGUGGACGUUGUUGAGUCAUAUUUGUGCCUGGUCUGUGCUCUACGUCUGUAUUGUGCGUGGCAUUGAGACUACCGGUAAGGCUGUAUAUGUGACUUCAACUCUUCCGUAUUUGGUGCUGACCAUCUUCCUGAUCAGAGGUUUGACCCUGAAAGGAUCUAUAAGUGGACUCAAGUUUCUGUUCACACCAAAUCUUGCUGAGCUGGCUAAGCCUGCAACAUGGUUGAAUGCAGGUGCUCAGGUCUUCUACUCCUUCUCUUUGGCUUUUGGGGGCCUCAUAUCUUUCUCCAGUUACAACUCAGUACAUAAUAACUGUGAACAGGACGCGGUGAUCAUCUCUACAAUUAAUGGCGUUACAUCUGUUUUUGCUGCUACGGUCAUCUAUACAAUCAUCGGCUUCAGGGCAACUGAACGAUUUGACACCUGCGUUGAUGGCAACAUCUUGACUCUCCUAAAUGCAUUUGACCUUCCUGAGGGACACAUCAUUGAAAGCAACUACAAUGAGGCUUUAGAGCAUCUCAAUGCAACGCAUCCUCAUGUUAUUCAAGGCCUGAAUCUGGUCACUUGUGAUUUAAAUACAUUUCUUAGUGAGGGUGUUGAAGGAACCGGUUUAGCAUUCAUUGUGUUUACAGAGGCUAUCACCAAAAUGCCCUUCUCCCCACUGUGGUCGGUCCUUUUCUUUGUUAUGCUGUUCAGCCUGGGCCUGUCGUCUAUGUUUGGUAACAUUGAAGGAGUUUUGGUACCUCUUCAAGAUUUCAAAGUUUUUCCCAAGAAAUGGCCCAAAGAAGCUGUCACUGGUGUGACGUGUGUAUUAUGCUGUCUAGUGGGUCUGAUCUUUGUCCAAGGUUCAGGAAACUACUGGCUUUCAUUAUUUGACACCUACGGGGGAUCAAUCCCAUUGUUAGUGGUUGGGUUCUGCGAGAUGAUCGCAGUGGUUUACAUUUACGGAAUAGACAGAUUUAAUGAAGACAUCGAGUUCAUGAUUGGACACAAACCCAACAUUUUCUGGCAAGCUACGUGGAGAUUCAUCAGUCCGCUCAUCAUGUUCUUCAUCCUUAUCUUUUAUUUCAUCACCAAAGUUUCAGAAAAGAUAGUUUACAAAGCCUGGGAUCCUGAAUAUGAGAAAUUCCCAUCCCUGGAAGAGAAGUCAUAUCCACCAUGGAUCUAUGUGAUCAUUUUCAUCCUGGCAGGCAUCCCCACUAUUGCUAUACCUGCCAUGGCGCUAUUUAAAUGUUUACGGGCAAAGAGGACAAAGAAGUCACAGCUCAUCACUGAAAUGAAUGAAAAACCCAAAUUAUCUCUAACCUAA